AUGGAAAAAGAUAGUGGCAUCCAAUACAGCGAUCUUGGAGAAUUUGUUCUAGAAUAUGAAGUGCAAGAUACUUUCUCAUGUGAAACCGAAUUUGGAAAGAUAGCUCAGUCACUUAUUCGCCCAAUUGGAAGACGGCGCUCUCUGAUGCAGCCAAUAACUUGUGUGUCGAACCCUUACAAGUUGAUAACGAAAUGCGUGGCACUUUUCAAGCAGUUAUAUGUUGCUAUGAGAAGGCUACUGGCAGAUAACCAAUUAGGAACUGUUACCCAGGUUCAAGGUUCGAUAGAACAAGCAUUAUUGAACCUGACGGUUUGCAAAAAGCAUGGAAACCAGCUUUACACUACGUGGUAUGAUAUCAAAAAAGCGUUAGGUUCAGUUAAUUACAGAUACCUAAUUAAGUGCAUUGAAAGGCUUAACGUGCCAUCGUGGUCAGCAGAGAUAGUAGCGUCAGAGGUGAAUCCAGCAAAGUCGGCCAAUAACACUAGCACCGAGGUAUGCGCUGAUAAAGCAGCGUUCUCGGAAGGAACUCAAGAGUAUAAAUACCUUGGAAUAGUGAAAGACAGGACUAGUGCACCGACCAGAGAAAACUUAGAUAAAUUACGAGCAGGGAUUUUGGCGAGAAUUAAGAGAUUAGCCAGAACUGCACCAAAUGGUAAGAACUUCAUCAAGGCAGUAAAUGAGAAAGCUAUAAGUUUGAUAAAUUAUUACAUUGAGGUGCUCGAACCAGAAGACUUCAAAGCUAUAGACCAUGGCAUUAGACAGUUACUCAAUAAAUACGAAUUCAUAAUCAACGCGAAUGCUUAG